CUCGUCCUCCUCUCGCCGAGUCCCGUCCGCCGCCGCAACGCAACGGACACGCCCGACUGCCCGGUCUGCUGGCUCGAGAGCUGCUCCUCGUCGGACUGCUCUUCGGCCCGACACAAGGUUUGUCUUUGUCCCCAUUUGCUCGACCCCUUUUCAGUUGACGCCCGCUCCGACUCGCUCAUCUUCCGUCGGGACUCGGCCCCGGACUCGAGCGCUUGCAGGCACUUGACGCCAUCUUCUUCGUCCCAAGUCGGCCGGCCGAUGAAGAUUAGGCCGCUUCUCCACUCGCAACAUACAUCGACGAUCUGUCAAGUGGUCAGGAUCGAGAACUCGCGUCGGGACUCGAUCCAGCUCAAUUCACGAACUCAUUGA